AUUCAACAAACCUGGCCAAUGUCGAGCAAUUUCUUGAAGUCGGCAUGCCUCCUUAUGUUCCAAGGAAGCGAAUACGCGGCGACACUCCUCCCGGCAGAACCGAGAGCCCAAAGGCCCUGACAGCGCCACCGCGCAAGUCAACCCUGUUCGACGACCUCGACGCCACCUUAACCCCGAGGUCCUCGACGAAAAAUGGGUCAUCCUCGUUGUUAAUUGACGACAGCGAAGACGACGAAAGCUCUUUGACGUCGCUUUCCGAUGCCGACUUUGAGGAUGUUCCAGCACCAAAGAGGCAGAAAGUCCAUGAAUCUGCAACAGGGGAGGAGGAGGAGGAGGAUGAUGACGAUGACGACGUCGAAUUUGAGGAUGUCGAGACGCCUUCUGUGGCGCAGCCGGAUCUACCGACACCAUCCGGUGACCUGGAAUUGACACUGAUACGGGAUACGAGGAUAUCGCUGGCGAAUGCACUGGGCAAGAAAGGCCCCUCCAAACGGGAGCGACAGAUACGGGUCGCCACGCAUUGUAUGCAUGUGCAGCUCUUGCUUUGGCACAACACUAUUCGGAACGCAUGGAUAUGCGAUCCUCUGGUCCAAGGAAUCAUGCUGUCGCAUCUUCCGCCGAGGCUAUGGAACGAGGUCGAGAAAUGGAAGAAGAACAGUGGAUUGGAAGUGCUAGACGAGACGCCCAAAGACGGCAAGGCAAAACGGGAUUUGAAGGGGAAAGGGAAAGCUCCUGCUCCCUCAUCUCGCGACUGGAGCAAUGCAUCACAGCGUCUGGAAAAAGGUGCUGUGGACAUGAGCCACGGGGAUCCCCUCUUCAGGCUAAUGAAGUACCUCGCCGCCUGGUGGAAGCAAAGGUUCCGUAUCACUGCUUCCGGCUUGAGAAAGUGGGGAUACAUGUCGCUGGAGAGGCUGGAUCGCCUGACGAAGGCCUUCAAGCAGGAAGGCCAUGACCAGGAUAGGUUCGGGGAGCGAAUCCGAAACUUGGACGAGUUCCGGCAGCACGCGCAGGAAUGUGCCGGCAGCCGGGAUGUCGGCGCGCAGUUAUUCACGGCUUUGCUUAGAGCACUGGGCUUGGAGGCUCGCCUGGUUGCUAACCUUCAGCCCCUGGGGUUCGGGUGGAACAAGUUGGAGGAGGCAGAUCCCGAGAAAGAAGGGUUUGACUCUUACCAGAGUCCGCAAAGGGAAUCAGGAGAUGCUACCGAAGACGGCGCAGGCGUCAAGAAAGCAGCGAAGAGCAAAGCUCCCGGUCGGGCGUCAAAGCGAAACGCGCGGUCGGCACGGUUGAAGGACCUCUCCGAUGAUGAGCUGAUGGCUGAUGACAGUGAUGACGACCUCGCUAUUGAAGUCCCGCAAGCGCUGCAGAAGAAAGGUAGAAUAUACGACGCUGACCUCGAGUUCCCUCAUUACUGGACCGAAGUGCUCUCGCCGGUGACGAAUAAAUACCUGCCGGUUGACCCAAUUGUCAAAUCAGUGGUCGCGACGAACAGAGAACUCAUAGAAUCGCUAGAACCUCGCGGAGGCAAAGCGGACAAGGCAAAACAGGUCAUGGCUUAUGUCGUUGGAUAUUCUCGGGACGGAACAGCCAAGGAUGUCACCGUCCGCUACCUCAAGCGGCAAAUACUGCCCGGUCGCACCAAGGGGGUGCGUAUGCCGGUCGAAAAGGUCCCAGUAUACAACCGCCACGGCAAGGUCAAACGGUAUGACCAGUUCGACUGGUUUAGAUCCGUCAUGAAGGGUUACGUCAGGGGGGAUCGGUUUCACCCUAUCACUGAAAUUGACGAGGACGAGAAUGCCACCGACCUAAAGCCCACCAAGCUGGAGAAGAAAGAAGUCAGAGAUGGCGAAGAAACCCUCCAAUACUACAAGCAGUCUAAAGAGUUCGUCCUCGAGCGCCACCUCAAACGAGAAGAAGCCCUGCUGCCCACCGCGCGUCCUGUCAAGACGUUCAAGAACAAAUCCAAAGCCGUCCGCCCUCAAGAAGAACCCGUCUACUCUCGCAAAGACGUUGUGCAAGUCAAAAGCGCCGAGACCUGGCACAAACAAGGCCGCGCGCCUAUCCCAGGCGAACAGCCGCUGAAGAGAGUGCCAUACCGCGCCGCAACGACCAACCGGCGCCGCGAGAUUGCCGAGGCCGAGGCCGCAACGGGUGAGAAGGUGCUACAGGGCCUUUACAGCUUCGACCAGACCGAUUGGAUCAUCCCGCCACCCAUUGAGAACGGAGUCAUCCCUAAAAACGAGUACGGCAACAUCGACAUGUUUGCGGAGCACAUGUGCCCUGAAGGGGCGGUGCACGUCCCUUACCGGGGCGCGAUGCGGGUGGCCAAACGACUGGGGAUUGACUUUGCGGAGGCCGUUGUGGACUUCGAGUUUGGUCAUCGCAUGGCUGUGCCGGUCAUCCAAGGGGUUGUGAUUGCUGAGGAGCACUACGAUCGGGUGAUGGAGGAGUUGGCGAAGGACGAGGCGGAGAAAAAGAGGAAAGAAGACGAGAAGAGGCGAAAAGCGGCGUUGGCGAUGUGGCGGAAAUUUAUCAUGGGAAUGCGGAUUCUGGAGAGGAUCAAACAGGAUUAUGGGGAGGUGAGGGAAGAUGUGGACGUCUUUGCCCGGGGAAGCGGUGGUCGGCUGUUGGUGGAGGGAGGAAGGCAGGACGCGGGCGCCGAGGCGGUUGAGGAUGGCAAUACGGCCGGUGGAUUUCUGCCCGAAGGAUACGAGGAGGAUGACGACAAGGUUGGGCAUUCGACAUCUGGGUUCUUUCCUGUUGUAGAUGAGGAAGAAGACAGCGGCGAGGAUGCGCUUGAGAUUGACCACGGCGAGGGCGCAAGCAGUCUGGCUGCCGCGCCGGCCAAAUCGGUCUUGAGCACCAAGCCGAAACGGAAAAUCGCGGCAAAAGGCAGAGGUAAGACCUCCCGCCGAAGGUAUCGAGGAAACGGUCCUUUGUCUUCGGAAGAGGAUGCCGACGAUGGCGAUGAUGGUGGCAGCGACGAUGAUGAGCGAUGGGGUUGAGAAGCGCUCUGCCGCACUCCGACGUGGCUGCUAUCCACAGACCUGUGUCGGGUUCGGGGUGUGUGACCUCCGGCCGGGGAUUCUUCGUCCCCGAUCGUCAUGGAUAACGGUUACUCUCGGCCCUUAGGCUCUGAUGCCGUCAUGGAUCGGUGCUGCUUCCACGGUGUACCUAGUUCGAGUGGCUUCUAGGUGCCAGGCUACCAUCUGGUCAUGGCACAGUUGAAACCAGCGACCCCAGACCCCAAUCCUCAGGCCAUAACGUUACUAUCUGCGUGGGCAUCCAGGACGAGGAGUUACCUCGCAUUGUUUCGCUGACGUGCCUGACUUGAAGGCCAGGGUUUGCCCCACAAUUACAAGCUCAACAUCAAAACGGCCACUUUCUGUACCAGAAAAGAGGCAUUAGAUGAAUUCAGCCUUUUGAAGUGCC